AAAUCUCCUUUUACAGGUAUUCGAUUCGACUUACCCUAUACAAUGAUACCCGAAACAGGUCUUUUGAGUCAACGAUGCGAUGAAUACAGCGGUAUCGUUGAGCGAGAUGGACGUCAGUAUUGCAGAUAUUGUGAUCUUUGCGAGCUAUCGGAGAAGAUUGAGAACGGUUUGAAUCGAGAAAGUGGUCAUGAGUUUCUGCCUGAAGUGGUGAAAGGUAAUGAGGAGCGUUUUGCACCAAAGUGCUCGAAAAUUACCACGGAUACGUAUCAGUUCAAACGAACGAUCAGUCUGCCUGGACGACGAGAACUGACCGCGAAAGUUCGUGAUCAAAUGCAAGGACUCGAUGGAGAGAUUAAGAAACGACUCAAUAAAGGGCGCGGUCGCUUUCAAGUGUUCCUGAAUUUGAUCUCAGCGCAACAACCACCGCUCACACAUGAUCAGUGGUUUGAUUCAUCUUCACAGUGUCGUUGUUGUGGUAAACAUCGUGAUGAGUCGUGUCGAAGUGUACUGAGCUUCUUGUAUUGUGACAAGGAGGACUGCAAGAGUGCAUGGGCUCAAAAAUGUCUGCAUAAUUCGGCACGUAUUGUUGCUUGUUACACAGUGGAAUUCAACUAUCGUAUGACGAAUUCGUAUGAUGAUGUGCUGCAAUUCCUUCGUGAAAAAAAUCUACCAAAUCAAGACAACAUCGCUAAAUCGCUGUUGACAACGCAAUAUUUCUUCCUUGACAUUUCGAUGAAACUUUUCAUUGAACACGAUCUUCGUUCUAUAAUAACUGCUACCAUUUUAAAGAAUUCUUUUUACAGUACUGCACCAACGAAGUCGUUAGCAGGAGAUGGAUCGUUAUCAGCCCGAUGUGUUGCAGAAAUGCCGACGCGUUUGGUGAAUUUAAGGCGGUAUUGUACGAUAUUUUGGAAUCAGAGUUUGUGUUGUUCGCAUUGCGAGGGUAUUUGCUGA